CAGUUAAAAAUAUAAACAUGUGUUUAAUAAAUACAUUAAGUUAUACAUAAAACUAAUCCAGGAAAUUUACGUGUGAUGUUCGUUACACAUUUGUCAUAACUCUUUACUUCUACAAUAACCUUAUCUCAAAAAUGUCUAUUCUCCUAAAGAGGUUUUCUGUACUGCCACGGGUGCCAACACAAGUUUACGUCACUCCUCAACGUUACAAGGGUGACAAGGUACAUUCGGGAUAUGCAAGGCUAAGGAAGAUCCAAGCAAAAUUUCAAGUGGAUGAUGGAUGUCCUGUCCACCUCAAAAAAGGAAUCAGUGACCGGAUACUCUUCGGAGUUACAGUGUUUGCAGCAUUGACCGGACUUUUCUUCAACUUUGGUUUGUACUACACUUUGAUUUUCCCUUCUGAGAAGGGAUCAGAUGAUGAAGGUUAGAUCUUGAUAAUGUAAUAUACCAAAAAGCUUGUUUACAUUUUAGCACGUUAAAUUUGCUUUUAUGCCUUGUGAUUUUUGUUUGUAUGGAUUAAAAAAUGAGCAAAUAAAAUAUUCUUUAUUUAAAAAAUUGUAAAAUAACCUUAUUAGCAGCAACUACGAUGAGUCUGUAAUCUACUAAUAUGACAUUGCAUUUACAUUUCUUACUAUAUUUAUUCUCUGAGAAGUUUUCAGGCAACAGAUUUACAUAGCUCCGUCCUUGGGCAGAUCAAUCAUCCGUUUGUCAAUCCUUCCAUCAGUUUAUAAUAAAUAAAUACCAUACAUGAAGGGUUAUGUGAACAAGUAGCGUGUAAAACUUUUGUAUAAA